AUGUCUCCUAAGCGACGUGCGAGAGCACCGGGCCAAUGCCAUCGAGACCGAGGCACAAUACCUCUUUUGCACAAGAUCCUCAUCGACCAUUUGGCGGAGGUAAUCUACGCGAAGGGCCGGAGCGAUGUCGGCCGAUUCAAAUACGAGUACAACGAAUUCCUCAAAACCCUGAACGGCGAGAAGAAAAUCCCGGAGGAUUGGCGA